CGUAAGAGGAUGCGUCACUACGUAGCACGUCUUUGCGUCAAGCGCGGGAGCUUUGGUUAUCGAACAGCCAAAAUUUGAGGGAAACAAGAAGUGAGCAGAUUUUCUCAUCAUGGCGAUGAGGAGCGAGGCCAGGGUGGAAGCAGAGGUGGAGGAGGAAGAAAACUUCGGGCCACAGCCUCUGUGUAAACUGGAGCAAUGUGGAGUCAGUGCCAGCGACAUCAAGAAGCUGGAGGACGCCGGCUUUCACACCAUCGAGGCCGUGGCCUACGCCCCGAAGAAAGAGCUGCUCAACAUCAAGGGCAUCAGUGAAGCUAAAGCUGACAAAAUUCUGACUGAAGCAGCCAAACUGGUGCCGAUGGGUUUCACUACCGCUACAGAGUUCCACCAGAGGAGAGCCGAGAUCAUCCAGGUCUCCACGGGCUCCAAGGAGCUCGACAAGCUGCUGCAGGGAGGGAUCGAGACAGGCUCCAUCACGGAGAUGUUCGGAGAGUUUCGGACGGGGAAAACCCAGCUGUGUCACACCCUCGCUGUCACCUGUCAGCUGCCCAUCGAUCAGGGAGGUGGAGAAGGUAAAGCCAUGUACAUCGACACAGAGGGAACGUUCAGACCAGAGAGACUCCUCGCUGUCGCAGAGAGGUACGGGCUGGUGGGCAGUGACGUUCUGGACAACGUGGCGUACGCUCGAGCCUUCAACACGGACCAUCAGACCCAGCUGCUGUACCAGGCGUCCGCCAUGAUGGCCGAGUCCAGGUAUGCCCUGCUGAUCGUGGACAGUGCCACAGCUCUCUACAGAACAGAUUACUCAGGUAGAGGGGAGCUGUCGGCCAGACAGGGACACCUGGGACGUUUCCUCCGCAUGCUGCUCAGACUGGCAGACGAGUUCGGUGUUGCCGUGGUGAUAACCAACCAGGUGGUAGCACAGGUGGACGGGGCGGCCAUGUUUUCUGCGGAUCCUAAGAAACCCAUCGGAGGCAACAUUAUGGCUCACGCCUCGACCACACGUCUGUACCUGAGGAAAGGUCGAGGAGAGACGAGGAUCUGUAAGAUCUACGACUCGCCCUGCCUGCCAGAGGCUGAAGCCAUGUUCGCCAUCAACGCUGACGGAGUCGGUGACGCCAAAGACUGAGGGGCAGGAAGCAGCCGGGGGGUCUCAGUCCCACUUACUGGACUUAAGUGUUUUGUGUUUGAAAUCCUCGCCUGUACUACCACCUUCACACAAAGCCUCAGACUGAUGGGACGGGGGGGGGGGGGGGGGGUGCAGGAUCUGGUUUGAUGCUGAUUUAGAGGUGGUACAGCAGAUCUGAUCGAUGGAGCUCAGAAGAAGGAGGAACGUUUAGUUUUCAGCAAAGACACGACAAACUGCACUCGACUGAAGGAGAAGAGAAAUACUUAUAACAAAAUUUACUUUCAUCAGUGUUUGUGGAACUACUUUAGAAUAAAAAUAAUCAGACAGUUAUCGUAACUAAAGACUCAUAUUACAAUAAACCUCUGUCACAGUGAAUAACUUCUUUAUAAAACUAAACAAACCAACGAAGAUGUCAUAGUGAUGAGAAACUUCAUUACUGCAGAGCAUCCUUUUCUUCUAAGGUGAAUGCAGUUUGUCGUGGUUGUUUUUCAAAGGAGAGGGGAGAAAAUCAUUUGUAAACUAUUAUAAAUAAUUUGUGAGUUUUUUUUGUUUUUGUUAUGUUUCUGUUGUCCUCGUUUAUUAUUUGGAUCUCUGGCAGUGAAAUGUUGACUGUGGAAACUCUGAGAAGGAGAAGAGGAAAGACCAGAAUGUAGUUUCCUAACAUGUCUCCAGUGUUAUUCUCUGACACAUUCUGAUUACAGAAAUAGCACACGAAGGCAGGAUUUUAUUUUUUUAUUACCACUGCUGGUUUGUCUGCUUUCUGUUUCUUUAUGAAAACCUUCUGUGUAAAUACACUUCUGAUAGCUAAAUUAAAUUUCUUUUACUAUUA